CAUUAUUUCUAUCUGUAUUCUUCUUCUACCAACAUUUAAAAGAACGCUGCUUUUCUUUUUGUUGCUGUAGAUUCUCUUUCCCUGACACAAAGAUAGAUGCAUAAAUUUAACAGGGUUCAGUUGGCAACUGGCCUAGCCGCGCCUCUGUGAGUGGGAGAAAAAAGAGCUCGGAUAUAUAGAUAACAGAUAGGAUAGGACCCUAGAACAAUAUUGUUCUGCGUUAAAAGCUAGCUUAUCUGAAGAAGCUUUUGUCUUGUGGAAGUUGGAACCCUUGGCAUACAACAUAUAUACCUAUAUGUGUGUGUGUGUGUGUGUGUGUGUAUUAGGUCUCGGGGUUAUUUAGAGCGCUAGGAAGUUGCUUGUUCUUGAUCGAGUUUUCUUGUUAUGUUAUGAAAGCCAAUAAUACUGCUGCUUCUGUUUCCUCAGAAUCCAUACAAAACCAGGGUUCGUUUUAAAGGAUUGUUUGUGUAUAGAAGAAUAUCAAUAUCAUGUCAUCUGUGAUAGCACGAACAGGGCGGCAUCGGCAACGCUACGAGAACAAUUUUCGCCUUGUUUCUGGAUGUAUUCCUUACCGGAUAACAGAAGACGAUGAAGAUCACAACGGCGAUAUUGAAAACAGGAUACAAGUUCUUAUGGUUUCAUCACCAGACCGUGAUGACAGAGUGUUCCCAAAAGGCGGAUGGGAGGAUGAUGAGACUGUCUUAGAAGCUGCUUGCCGUGAAGCCUUUGAGGAAGCAGGGGUGAAAGGAACACUAAGAGAAACUCCUCUGGGAGUUUGGGAGUUCAGAAGCAAAAGUAGCCAGAAAAUAGAAAGCCUGGAAGGAGGCUGCAGAGGGUACAUGUUUGCAUUAGAGGUCACUGAAGAGCUUGAGAGCUGGCCAGAGCAGCAAAACCGUGAUAGAAAAUGGCUAAACAUAAAGGAGGCAUUUAGACUGUGCCGGUACGAAUGGAUGUGUAGAGCAUUGGAGGAGUUUGUGAGAGUUAUGGAAGUUUCUGAUGAUGAUGAGGGUGGAAAAAUUGAGAUAGGAGGAGAAGAGAAAGGGGAGGCAUCUGCCAAUGUCAAUGCCAUGCCUAGUGUUCCUGCUGUGACAGAUCAUCAUGUGGUGGCCGAAUGUCAAAUAGUGUCCUCAAACUGUUGCAUAGAGAUAAAGCCUUCUUCUACUAGUCAACAACUGGUCAUAUCAGUUCAUUGUCAUGGCACUCAAGGGGUUUGUAUGCUGAUGGGUUGCAUUUCCCUGAAUUCAUUACAAAGAAGAAAUGAACCCUGCAAUCUGGGCCAGGACGAGUUCUACAACAGAUUUUGUCUAAUGGAGCCCGAGUCUGGAAUUUCGACGCCUUCCCGCAAUCCUCCUCCUCAGCUUUCAUGGGUGAAUCUCUCCAGAAAUCUAAUACUUGCUUAUCAAAGCCUUGGCGUGGUUUAUGGGGACCUGAGUACUUCUCCUCUCUAUGUUUAUACUAGCACAUUCAUAGGGAAGUUGCAGAACCAUAAUAAUGAGGAAGUGAUAUUUGGUGCAUUUUCCUUAAUUUUCUGGACUCUUACACUGAUACCCUUGCUGAAGUAUGUCUUCAUCCUAUUGAGUGCUGACGAUAAUGGUGAAGGUGGGACAUUUGCUCUUUACUCAUUGCUUUGCCGCCAUGCAAAGUUUAGUUUACUUCCCAACCAACAAGCAGCUGAUGAGGAGCUCACAGCUUACAAAUACGGUCCCUCAUCACAGGUUGUAGCCUCUUCCCCAUUAAAAAGAUUUUUAGAGAAGCAUAAAAGGUUACGGACAGCCCUACUAGUGGUGGUAUUAUUAGGAGCUUGCAUGGUCAUAGGAGAUGGCGUGCUCACUCCAGCAAUUUCAGUUUUGUCAUCAGUAUCAGGGUUACAAGUUACAGAGGAGAAAUUAACUGAUGGUGAACUCCUCUUGCUUGCCUGUGUCAUAUUGGUUGGCCUGUUUGCUCUGCAGCAUUGUGGCACCCACAGGGUAGCAUUUUUGUUUGCACCUAUUGUAAUAAUCUGGUUGAUAUCAAUAUUUGCCAUUGGGCUGUACAACACAAUACAUUGGAACCCAGCUAUUGUUCGUGCAUUGUCGCCCCACUAUAUUGUCAAGUUUUUCCGUGAAACUGGUAAAGAUGGUUGGAUUUCUCUUGGUGGGAUUCUCCUCUCAAUAACUGGUACUGAAGCCAUGUUUGCAGAUCUUGGACAUUUCACUGCCUUAUCGAUAAGACUUGCGUUUGCAUUCAUUAUAUAUCCUUGUUUGGUAGUACAAUACAUGGGUCAAGCUGCUUUCCUAUCUAAACAUCCCCACUCCAUUCGUUACAGUUUCUAUGACUCAAUACCUGAGCCUGUAUUUUGGCCCGUCUUUGUUGUUGCUACCCUUGCAACAAUUGUUGGGAGCCAGGCUGUUAUAACCGCUACUUUCUCCAUCAUCAAGCAAUGUCAUGCCCUUGGUUGCUUCCCCCGAGUCAAAGUUGUCCACACCUCAAAACAUAUAUAUGGGCAGAUCUACAUCCCAGAAAUUAAUUGGAUACUUAUGAUCCUCACUCUUGCGAUAACUAUUGGAUUCCAAGACACGACUUUAAUUGGAAAUGCAUAUGGACUUGCUUGCAUGAUGGUUAUGUUUAUCACGACGUUCCUUAUGGCACUUGUAAUAGUCUUUGUUUGGCAGAAAAGUGUGGUUCUGGCUGCAGUUUUUCUGAUUUUCUUCUGGUUCAUUGAGGGAGUCUACUUAUCAGCAGCACUCAUUAAAGUGCCUCAGGGAGGAUGGGUCCCUUUUGUUCUCUCGUUCAUCUUUAUGAUCGUUAUGUAUGUCUGGCAUUAUGGUACGCGGAAGAAGUAUAACUAUGAUCUGCACAACAAAGUUUCAUUAAAAUGGUUACUUGGCCUUGGCCCCAGCCUCGGUAUAGUCCGCGUGCCUGGGAUAGGCCUCAUAUACUCAGAGUUGGCAACAGGAGUUCCUGCAAUAUUCUCUCACUUUGUAACAAAUCUUCCUGCAUUUCACAAGGUGUUGGUUUUUGUUUGUGUAAAAUCAGUUCCAGUUCCAAGUGUUUCACCUGAAGAGCGAUUUCUGAUUGGCCGGAUUUGUCCAAGGCCUUACCGUAUGUAUAGGUGCAUCGUCAGGUAUGGGUACAAGGACAUUCAACGGGAUGAUGGAGACUUUGAGAACCAGCUCAUCCAAAGCAUAGCAGAGUUCAUCCAGAUGGAAGCAGUGGAACCACAGUUCUCAAGCUCCGAGAGCGCAUCAUUUGAUGGAAGGAUGGCUGUGAUAAGCACCAGGACGGGGCAAUCGAGUUCGAGCUUAAUAGCAAAUGAGCAAGAGGUUUUUGGUGUGAGCGACUCCAUCCAAAGCAGCAAAUCUUUGACCCUCCAGAGUAUAGGAUCAGUGUAUGAUGAUGAGAACCCACAAAUCAGGAGGCGCCAAGUAAGGUUUCAGCUUCCCUCAAACCCAGGUAUGGAUCCUGCAGUGAGGGAAGAGCUGAUGGAUUUAAUCCAGGCCAAGGAAGCAGGGGUGGCUUAUAUAAUGGGGCAUUCAUAUGUGAAGGCGAGGAGAUCAUCGUCGUAUCUGAAGAAGCUUGUGAUUGAUAUGGGGUAUUCAUUUCUUAGGAAGAACUGCAGGGGACCUGCUGUGGCACUUAACAUUCCUCACAUCAGUCUUAUCGAAGUUGGGAUGAUAUACUAUGUCUGAGUCCUAAUUGUUUGAGCGUUACUUAGAGAUUCUAGGGGAUAGGGAGCUGUCUCUUAUUAGUCUAAGCUCAUGGGAGAAGUAUGCUAUAAGGCAGAGGCUAGGACUAAAUAAUAUUUGGUCGCAUCGCAGAUUUCAUUUGGAAGCAUCUUUGCCUCUGCCUGCCUGCCUGCGCUUUUGUUCCAACGUAACGUGUAUAGAUGAAUAACGUGGAAAUCUGUCGUCAUUAUUAUUUGGCAACUCACUUGGGCUUUCAACAUGCUGCAUGCAUAACUUCAAUUCGAUGGUGAAAUUUGUCAUCAUUUUUUUCCCUCUA